AUGCCCAAAUGUGAAAAACAAGCCAAGACAUAUGGUUUUGCUGAUAGUAUUAUGUUAGCACGUGAUAUUCACAGUGAUUUAGUGAAAGCAUUCCAUCCACAUCGAAGGUUAUCGGAAUAUGCUGGUUGGACUGGUAUGAAACUAAUGAAUACUGUCAAUGAUACUCAAAAUUCGUCCAUAUCAGUUCAUUCACGAAUUCUGUGGUUACGGCAGGGCUACAUUUGUCCAAUUUAUUCUGUCAUAGCUAAUAAACUAAACUCCAAUGGUCAAGCAUUGUCAAUAACACCAAAACUUCAGCAGUGGGAUUAUCUCAUCAUGAUUGGUCGUCAAUGGACAUAUGGAAGCUCUGUUGAAUUAUCAGUUUUAUGGUAUCCUCCAGUAACAGUUGGAAGUUAUAACAAUUAUCCUGCAAAAAGUCUAAUUGUAUACAAUUGUUCAAAGUCUCCCAGUGCAUAUGUCAGUUUGGUAUAUAUUUAUAUUGUAAAUCAAUAA